AUGGCGGUGUUUCAAGGGAAAGAUUGCUUUGAGAUAAGGGGAGGGGAAGAAGUGAAUUUAGCCCAAAAAAAGCGCAUAAAGAGUUAUAUUCUUACUUCCAACUCCAGCAGCCAAAUGAGGAAUACUGAGAAUACUUUCAUUGAUCUAAGACUGUCUUCUGGUUUCCGUGAGGUGUUUGCACUAACGUAUAUAAAUUAUAUGUCCAAAAAUUUAGUGAAGCAACGAAAUAUUUUAACGACAUUAAAGAACAGAAAUCCAGAGAAUGUUUCCACCAUUCAGACGAUUUAUAAUGCCCGUAAAAAGUAUCAUACAACUGAGAAAGCAGAAGUAUUCAGUGCAUUUCCGCAUGUUUUAAUAAUGGAUGCAACGUACAAGACUAAUCGCUUUAGAAUGCCACUAUUUGAAGUUGUUGGUGUGACAUCAAUAGACAUGACCUUUUCUGUUGCAUUUGUUUCUAUGCAUUUUGAGAAUGAAGACAAUUAUACGGCUUUGAAAACAGAGACAGAGUACAUGCAUAAUUUAAUUAUAUUAAUGACGUAUGGUUGUUGCCAUACAAAGAGAUAUGGGUGGCUGCCUAGACUAAUAAGUACCUACACUUUGGAAACCAGACAACUAACCGAGCUGAGAGAACUAGAACGAUCUAAAGCAAUUGGUAUUGAUGCUUUUCAAUGCGAUUGUAAGCUUUGGAUGACUCAUGGAUUGUCGUGUGCCCACAAACUUGCAACUUAUAUGCUCGAAGGUCGUCCAAUCCCAUUUACAUGCAUUGAUAAAUUCUGGAAAAAGCUUGAUCUACUUCCAUGUGCUUGGGAAGUUAAGGCUAAUAACCGUGGACGUCCAGCAACUAAGAAGAAGGUUGACUCUUCUACUCAUCGGGAACCAAGUAGGCACAGUUGUUCAUCAGUGUAUAUUAAGCCCUCGGUUCUUAAACAGAGACGUUCAAGGGCAUCAAAAGUUAGCCAGAAUGAUGUCUACAUCAUGCCGUUCUCACAAAUAAUGCAGCCAUAUAUCCAAACGAUCGCUGAUGUAACAACAGAUGGAAAUUGUGGUUUUAGGGCCAUUGUCGGGCUAUUAGGGUAUGGUGAGAAUGCAUGGGCCACCGUUCGGCAAGAACUGAUUUAUGAGCUCAGAGCAUUUUGGGUUGAAUACGUUAACCUAUUUGGUGAUUAUGAGCAUCGUCUAGCCCCUCUUGAGCAUUGGAUGUGCAUGCCAGAUAUGGGUAACUUGAUUGCUAGUAAGUAUAAUGUCAUACUUUAUGUUUUCAGUGGUUUAGAUACAUAUAUGAAUGUGCAUCUGAAUGGGUCACCCUGUACAAUGACAAGCUUGCAAGUCAGACCAACUCUUUCUGAUUCUGCACCAACAACAGAUAGAGAUAGAGAUAGAGAUAGAGAUGAGAUACAUGCAUUCCCACAAGAGGGCUUGAAGCUGACAGCAUCUACAAGGCAAAGGCAAAGCAAAGGCAAAGGCAAAGGCAAGGCAAAGGCAAAGGCAAAGGCAAAGGCAAAGGCAAAGGCAAAGGGUGCAUAA